AUGAAUGAUUCGGGAAAAUGCAGUACCACCUAUGGUGGAUAUAGAGUACCAAAUAUGCCUGUCAAUGGUAAAUGGCAUGAAUGGACAUUUAAUUAUGAUUUAAUUACCGAAAAUCGUGAAAUGAUAUUGAAUUUGUCAGAGUAUGAAGGCAAAAUUUUCGUGUAUCUUGGCGAUCAACCAGAAGAAUCAAAAAAGCAGCAACAAUAG